UACUUGAAUCCCAUUCAAUGGAAUUUAAAGGGGGCGGGACCAUCUGACUCAUCAGAUGAGGAACUGAGCUGAGCCUGGUGUAAACUAGCUAGUUUGCAAGAGAAGCGCUGACAUGUGUGGAAUCUUUGCCUAUCUGAACUACCAUGUGCCACGGACUCGCCGGGAGAUCCUGGAGAUCCUCCUCAAAGGCCUGCUUCGUCUGGAGUACCGUGGCUAUGACUCUGCCGGUGUUGGAAUUGAUGGAGGGAACGGGAAGGAAUGGGAGGCCAAUGCCCGGUCUAUUCAGCUGAUCAAGCAGUCCGGAAAAGUGAAGGCUCUUGACGAUGAGCUCACAAAGCAGCAGGACAUGGACAUGGAUGUGGAGUUUGAUGUCCACCUUGGCAUCGCCCACACUCGCUGGGCUACCCAUGGUGCCCCCAGCCCUGUCAACAGCCACCCACAAAGGUCUGACAAGAGCAACGAGUUCAUUGUCAUUCAUAAUGGAAUUAUCACAAACUACAAAGACCUGCAGAAAUUCCUGGAGAGCAAGGGUUAUGAGUUUGAGUCUGAGACGGACACAGAGACCAUUGCCAAGCUGGUAAAGUACAUGUAUGACAACCGUGAGAGUGAAGACCUGAGCUUUGCUACUCUGGUGGAGAGAGUGACCCAGCAGCUGGAAGGAGCGUUUGUCCUGGUCUUCAAGAGUGUCCAUUACCCAGGAGAGGCUGUAGGCACCCGGAGGGGAGGUCCUCUGCUUAUUGGGGUGAAAAGUGACCACAAGCUGUCCACAGAUCACAUUCCUAUCCUGUACCGAUCAUCUGGUAAGGACAAGAAGGGCUGCCCCACCCUGCCCAGGAUGGAGCAGGACACCUGCCACACGCUCUUCGCUGAGGAAAAGAAGUCUGUGGAGUACUACUUUGCCUCUGAUGCCAGCGCGGUGAUUGAGCACACCAACCGUGUGAUCUUCCUGGAGGAUGAUGACGUGGCAGCAGUGACGGCCGGACGGCUCACCAUCCACCGCAUCAAGCGUACAGCCGGAGACCACCCUGCCCGCGCCAUCCAGACCCUGCAGAUGGAGCUGCAGCAGAUCAUGAAGGGGAACUACAGCUCCUUUAUGCAGAAGGAGAUCUUUGAACAGCCAGAGUCUGUGGUCAACACCAUGAGAGGAAGGGUCAACUUCAAUGACAACACAGUAACCCUGGGUGGACUGAAGGAUCACAUUAAAGAGAUCCAGAGGUGUCGACGGCUCAUCCUCAUCGCCUGUGGCACCAGCUACCAUGCUGGGGUGGCGACUCGCCAGGUACUGGAGGAGUUGACUGAGCUGCCUGUUAUGGUGGAGCUGGCCAGCGACUUCCUGGAUAGAAACACACCAGUGUUCCGUGACGACGUCUGCUUCUUCAUCAGCCAAUCAGGCGAGACAGCAGACAGCCUGAUGGCCCUGCGCUACUGUAAGGAGAGAGGAGCCCUGACGGUGGGCGUCACCAACACAGUGGGCAGCUCCAUCUCCAGAGAGACAGACUGUGGGGUGCACAUCAACGCUGGGCCAGAGAUAGGAGUGGCCAGCACCAAGGCCUACACCAGUCAGUUUGUGGCUCUGAUCAUGUUUGCGCUGUUGAUGUGCGACGACAGGAUCUCCAUGCAGCCACGGCGACGUGAGAUCAUCCAGGGCCUGAGAGUUCUGCCAGAUCUGAUAAAGGAGGUGCUUAGUCUGGAUGAUGAGAUCCAGAGGCUGGCAGCAGAGCUAUACCAGCAGAAGAGUGUUCUCAUCAUGGGCCGAGGCUACCACUACGCCACCUGCCUGGAGGGAGCACUGAAAAUCAAGGAGAUCACGUACAUGCACUCAGAGGGCAUCCUGGCCGGGGAGCUGAAGCACGGCCCUCUGGCCCUAGUCGACAAACUCAUGCCCGUCAUCAUGAUCAUCAUGAGAGACCACACUUACACCAAGUGUCAGAAUGCACUGCAGCAGGUGGUGGCCCGCGCGGGCCGACCCAUCGUGAUCUGUGACAAAGAUGACUACGAGACUGCCAAGAGCUCGAGCCGCACCAUCAAAGUGCCGCACUGUGUGGACUGUCUGCAGGGCAUCCUGAGUGUCAUCCCCCUGCAGCUGCUCUCCUUCCACCUGGCUGUGCUCAGGGGCUUUGACGUGGAUUGCCCAAGGAACCUGGCCAAGUCUGUGACUGUAGAGUGAAACGUGUCCUUUGAUGAUCCAAAAACCCAUUUCAGAAACUUUCCUGUUUUGUGUGUGUCAUGGCUCUUUUUAAUGCAAUUGUUACUCUGGUACGCUAAACAUGUACUGUAUCUGUCUCUUCUUUCAAAACACACAUCUGAAGACAUUGUUAUAUCAUAGAUGUGAUUUUUGGGGGGGGUCAGUGGUGGGAAGGGUUGGCAGUAAUGUUGGCGUUUGGGUGCUGCCAUGGGUUACUGGACUGUAGGCAAUUAAUGAUCCAACUGAAGAAAAGACUGAGCUGUAUCCAUUUUGGAUGAUACACAACAGUGCUCAUAACUUAAAUGUUGGAUACUUGCUGCUGGUUUUACAUUUAAUUCAGCUGUUUGUUGUCAAGAGUCUGCCCAUGUAGAUCUUACUGAAGUUACUGGUUCUUUUGGUGUUAUUGGUGCAAUAAUUUGGUCUGUUGGGAUCCGUUUUCUUUGGCAGCUAGAGAAACAUCUGUCGUUUGAAAUGUUUAUCUGUUACGCUUGUGUGUUGAGUAAAUUAUUAAAGGGGCAGUGCAGUUAAGUCACUUUUUUAUUACACUGAGGUAGAAAUGACACAAAUUGUGAAAAUGAUAACAUCCUUUUUGGGAAAUAAUGCCUGGAAUUUCAGCUUGUACAGGUGCCCUGGAACUUUUUGCCCACAUGUCACAAUGUGAUCUGAUUGAUAAUAGAGCAAUGUCUGUUGAGCUGGGUAAGGGGUGGGCUCUAGACCAGCCAAUCAGAUAUAUAAAUAUCUUCAAAUGUGUUUCCUAAUGUCCACACGGUCAGACUGAGCAUUUCAAGGGCCAGUGCAGGCUCAGGGAUGUAAAUGAUGAAUGUGAUUUUCAUUAAAUAAUUGAUUUAUUAGACAGUGAUUUAUUUAAAGCAUGGGUGCUUUAAAUAUUUCUGAGCUAUAGUCCUGACUGUACAUCUGAAGUGCUUCCAAGAAGAAAGUUUCCAUUAAAUGCUUUAGUCUACUGACCUGUUCCAGAGACUAUUGAGAACUCUCCAUUGUUAUACUCAAAAUACCAUGAUGACAAAUCAAUAGAAUUUGUCUCCUACACAAGUUUUGAAGGUGUUAAGGGCAAUAUGAAACUUGCUACAGACUUGCUUGUCUUCACUAUUGUGCACCUAUUUGUUUUGAAUCAUUGGCUAAGUUACAAAAGAAACUUGACAAUGAUUCACUCAUUGUGGUUUGGCAGACGUAUAGGAGCGUUAAACUCUUGCCUAAACCAAGUUGGUAGUCUGGAUAUUUGACUGUCCUGGCAUAAUCAUGCAUCAGUAAAAUUCUAAGUGCAAUUUAAUCAUUUACCCAAUCAAUUUCCUCAAGAUGCACAAUGAGUACUAGUGGACCAAUGAUCAACAUUCGUUACUCUGUAGGCAUGUUACUAGCAUUGUGACUUGUUGACAGUUUAUCAAUAUUCAACUCUUCUGUUCUUGUUAGCAAUAAAUAAAUAGGCCUUGUUGCCUGGGCUCAG